UCUCAUUUCCCAGCUUGCUAUGCACUUCCUGCUUUCCAUCAGACACAACGAAAACAAAAUGCGAUAGUUGAACUUUAAUACGGAGCUGUGAUCAAUGACACCGCUAUCAGUGCGUCCCGGCACCUCUGACACACUGUUAAUUUACAUGUAAUUUGUUUGGAGUCAUAUAUAUAUAUCAAAUCCACCAUGCAGUUCUCUCCUACCAACGGAGACUUCACGUUCGUCUCGUCGACAGAAGCUGAAGAGCUCAGUGGCACCAUCAGCGCUCCUGACAUCAAACUGAACAUGGGUAGCGACGGGGGCAAAGACCCUUACGCCACCACCUUCCUGAGGCAGAGAGGCUACGGCUGGCUGCUGGAGGUGGAGGAGGACGACAGCAGCGAGGAGAGCAAACCUCUCCUGGAGGAGCUGGACAUUGACCUAAAGGACAUCUAUUACAAGAUCCGCUGUGUACUGAUGCCGAUGCCGUCGCUGGGUUACAACAGGCAGGUGGUCAGAGACAACCCGGACUUCUGGGGCCCUCUGGCUGUGGUUCUGCUCUUCUCCAUGAUCUCCAUUUAUGGACAGUUUAGGGUUGUGUCUUGGAUCAUCACCAUCUGGAUAUUUGGAUCACUAACAAUCUUCCUGCUGGCUCGUGUUCUGGGUGGUGAGGUCUCUUACGGUCAGGUUCUCGGAGUGAUUGGAUAUUCCCUUCUUCCUCUCAUCGUUAUAGCCCCUCUGCUCUUGGUGAUCGGGGGUUUCGAGGUGGUCUCUACACUAAUCAAACUGUUUGGAGUGUUCUGGGCUGCUUACAGUGCUGCUUCACUGCUCGUCGGAGAUGAAUUUAAAACGAAGAAGCCUCUCCUCAUAUAUCCCAUUUUCCUUUUGUAUAUCUACUUCCUGUCACUAUAUACUGGUGUGUGACCGGAUGAAGUGAAACUUUGGACCUUUUCAUGGACAGUGACCCUGCAGCACAGGGGGGAAAAAGCAUCGGAACCAGGAUUUUUUAAAAAGGUGUUUAUUUCUUUUUUAACUCUGUUCAACCCUAGACGGUGGGGGAUGCUGGGAAUAUAUAUCAUUGUAUAUAGUUUUGUCCCUUAUGUCUUUGGUCAAUAAAAAGCAUAUGCUUUUACAGCUUAAACUUCAGUAUGCAGACUUCUCGAUCACCAGUGCAAUACAGUCCCCAUAGUCCAAUUUACUAGUAGUUGAUGAAGCUGGAAUUAGUCACAGGGUUAUAUAUUGAUGUAUUUUAUUUUUUCACAUGAAUGUGGUGCCAAAUAUUUGUGUAUAUUUCAUGCAGAAGGAAGAAAUACAGAAAUACAGCACCACAUGGAAAGAAGGCGAUUGCUGAGCAUAAUGCUUUGCAUUGUUAUGCACUGUAACGAAGUAUGAGAAAUGUCCAUUUAUGCUUUUUUUCAUUUUUGUUUUUUUCAUUUAUGGAUUUCAGCAGAAGAAGCAGGUUGACUUGGGCAAUUAGAGUGAUAUAAAGCAUUGUCUGCUAAAUGUGGUGCCUUGUUUUCUUACAUUUGUUAAACGUUUAAUACAGGGAUUCUAAUCAUUGGAUCAAUA